GAAAUGCCCCAUUCUGAUAACAAAAUGGGUCGUUGGGGGGCAGUUUCGUAUAUUGUUGGGAAUAUUGUUGGUUCUGGUAUUUUUAUUGUUCCCGGAAGUAUGUUACAAAAUACUGGAUCUGUUGGGUUAUUUUUGAUUGUUUGGUUGUUAUCUGCAGCUGUGGCUACUUUGGGGGCUUAUUGUUAUUGUGAAUUGGGGACUAGUAUUAGAAGAUCUGGUGGAGAUUUUGCUUAUCUUACACAUGUUAGAUGGAAUGCAAUAGCUUUUAUGUUUAUGAGUAUUGGUUGUGUUUUAAUAUAUCCAUUAAUGUUAGCAAUCCAAGCAGAGACUACAGCAGAAUACACUGUCCAAGCUUUUCGUUUAAACGAAAAUUGUUUGAAUAACCCAAUUUUGUUAUUUAUUUUCAAAAAAUUAAUUUUUUCUCUUUUUGCUUUGUUUAUGAUGUUUAUUAAUUUUUAUUCACUUCGACGAGUUGGGGCUCGUUUUCAAAUUGCUGGAACUGUUGCUAAACUUUUAGCAACAACUUUAAUUGUUUGUACAGCUAUUUAUAUAUUAAUUAGUAAAGGCCAAUUACAAAAUUUCUCUUCACCUUUUCAAAAUUCUAAAUGGGAAGCUAUGUCUUUAGUAAAUGCCUUUUUUGCUGGUUUAUUUAGUUAUGAUGGUUGGGAUGUUUUGAAUUUUGGAGCUGAGGAAAUUGAAAAUCCGAAAAGAACAAUGCCUUUUGCAAUACUUUCUGGAAUGUUUUGUGUUACUAGCAUUUACAUUGUAAUUAAUCUAUCUUUUUUGGUUGUUCUUGAUGCAGACACAGUUAGGGACAGUACAGCUGUAGCAAUGGUUUUUGCGCAACAAUCACUUGGACAAUUUCAACAUAUAAUGCCUUUUAUUAUUAUUUUAGUUAUGAUGGGUGCAAUGAAUGGAACUAUAUUUACAGCUAGCAGAUAUUUAUUUGCCGCAGCCCGUAGCAGACAAAUUCCAUCAUUUUUAGCUUUACUUAAUCCAGAAAAUGAUUCUCCCAGAGCUUCUAUUUUUACUCAUGUUUUAAUGGCAAUUUUAUUUUCUUUUGUUGGGGACACAAAUCAAUUAAUUAAUUAUUUGGGGUUUGCCCAAUGGCUACAGAGAGGAUUUACAAUGUGUGCAUUAUUGUGGAUUAGAUUUAAUUUUAAUAAUUUUAUUUUACAUCCAGAUGCUAUUAAAACACCCAUUUUUAUGCCAAUAAUUUUCCUCUGUGUUUGUUUAUCUUUGGUUGGAAUUACAAUAAUUCAAGAAUUUUCUGUUGCAAAAUUUGGACUUUUAGUUUUGGCAAUUGCUUUUUUAAUUUAUUUUGUUUUUAUUUGGGAAAAUACUUUUUUAAAUCGUUUUCCUAUUUUUAAAGAAUUUUGUUCUUUAAUUAAUGGUAGUUUUUAUAAAUAUUUAAUUAAAUAUUAA